AUGGGGUCCCGAUGUGCCAAACUCAGCACGGGCCAUGGCCGGGGCCACGAAUCCUCCAUGAAGAAGCUCGUGGCCUGUGUGAGUCAAGAUAAUUUCUCCUUAUCCUCGGAGGAAGAAGAGGAGGAGGCAGAGGAGGAGACCGAGGAGGAGGACGUAGGGGAGGAAGAAGAGGAGCUGCCGGUGCAAGGGAAGCUGCUGCUGAUGGAGCCUGAGCCGGAGGAGGAAGAGGAAGAGGAAGAGGAGGAAGAGGCCUCGCCUGAGGAUGCAGCGGCCAAGCGCAGCCCUGAGCCCAAAAAGUCUCGCUCCUGA